AUGUCUCCGCAGGAUGGCAGAAGCGGCGAGGAGUCGCAGCUUCGCGCAUGGCUAGCGGAGGAGUUGACACGGCAGAACGUGGCCAUCUGCCGCCACUUGGACGAGGCCCUGGAAAAGCAGGCCAAGCGCCAAAAUAGUGUGAUGGAGCAGCUUGCGCAGAAUUUCAGCUCGACGCAGAAGAGCAUGCAGAGCGAUCUCCGAAUGGCCGGUUUGGCCUUCCCGCCGCCGGAGCGCGCGGAGUCCAAGACGCGAGGCAUGGCAGGGCACGAGCCCCCGCCCGUGCCGAACGCCUCGUCGAGGAGCCGCAACUCUUCAGAUACGUCGAGCCUGAAUACUGCAUCCACUGAGAGCCACGAGGUCGAUGGAAAUCGGCGUCCAUCGAGGAUGGAGAAGGCUUGGCAAGAAGCGCAGGAGGAGGAGAAGAAGGAGAAGGGAGAGAAAGCCCUCGCCCUGGGGACCACCUACAAUCGGCUGGUCACGCGAGUGGAGAUCGACUUUAAGGAGUCGGUUGUGGACGCCGUGGUUAGCUUUCUGGUAGUUCUGUACACAUUCAUUCUCCUCCUGCAAACCCAGUGGAGAGGUUCCCAGGCCGCGGUCAUCUUAGGGCUCCAAGAGCCUGAGUCCGACUCCUGGCCGGGCGCCGAGAUGGCCUUCUUCAUAGUGGAUCACGUGUUCAACGCCAUCUUCGUUCUGGAGAUAGCGUGGCGCUUGCACAUGCACAAGCUCCAAUUUCUCUGCGAUGUUUUCGGCGUAUUUGACAUGCUCGUCGUCGUGGCGACCAGCAUCGAUGUCUACGUGCUGCAGCCUUUCGAUGCGGGCUAUGCACAAAACUUUGCUGUAGGGCGACUGACUCGCAUCUUCCGUCUGAUGCGAAUCUUCAGGGUUCUUCGAGUCAUGCGCUUCGCCAAGAAUCUGCAGCAGCUCCGGCUGCUGGGGGAUGUUCUCUCCAAAUGCUUGAGCCCGUUGAUGUGGGCACUACUGGUGCUGGGCAUCAUCAUGGUUGGCACGGGCGUUCUGAUGUCCCAACUGCUUGUGGAGCACGUCCUCGAUACCACGGCGGAUGAAGAGAACCGGAUGUGGGUUUAUAACUACUACGGCACUGCGAUCAAAGCCACGUACUCUGUCUUCGAGGCGACCUUCUCGGGCUCCUGGCCCCUCCUGGCGCGGCCCUUGAUCCACGAGGUGAGCGAGUGGUUUUGUGUUUUCUGGAUUGCGUAUCAAGUCGUCAUCGGUUUCGCCGUGAUGCGUGUCAUCGGCGCCUUGUUCCUCAACGAAACGAUUCGUGCUGCCAACUCAGACGGUGAAGCAGAGGUACUCCGGAAGAUGAAGGAGAAGGAGGCGUUCAGCCAGAAGGUCUACCAAUUCUUCACGGCUGCCGAUGCUUCGGGCGACGGGCGCCUUUCCUAUGAGGAGCUUGAGGCAGCUUUGCAGGAGCCGGGAGUAGAGGCCUGGCUUAAGGCUCUGGAGCUCGAGAUCCACGAAGCCUACACUCUGUUUAGCCUGCUGGAUGACGAUCGAGAUGGAGAGGUGUCCUACGAAGAGUUUCUUCACAGCGCCCUCAGACUCAAGGGGAACGCCCGGGCCAUCGACUCCAUCAUGAUAAUGCAUGAGCAGCUGCCUGGAGGGCAAGGAACUCCAAGCCAUUAA